AGCCGCGGGGCGGCCAUGGAGAGCCCCGCCGAGAACCCCAGCAAGGCGGCCGAGUACCUGAAGGAGCUGAACAAGAUUAUCGAGACGCAGCAGGAGCUGCUGGAGAAGCAGAAGAGGAGGAUAGACGAGCUGGAGCAGCAAGUGGCCAAGUUGUACCACGAAAAUGCCUGCCUGCAGGACGAGCAUCACCGGCACCUGGCCACAUGCCGGCUCCAGCAGGGCGUCCCCCCCGCGCCCCCGGGGGUGCUGAGCGCCAUCCAGGAGAACGCCAGGCACGAGAAGUCUGAAGGUGACAGCUCAAGAAGCAUCAGGUCUUUAAAUACUCUGCACCAGUUUUGCUGUCCAGCUCCAUUGUACCAUUCCCAGCUAGCUGUCCCUGCCACACACUCAGAGUACAGGACUUCGUUGGAAACAGGAAGCAGCGUCUCAACUGACCCUCUCAGCGUGGAGGGCGAAGCUCCGAGCAGUGAGACCGGCACGUCCCUGGAUAGUCCCUCUGGGUACCCCCAAGGCCCCAUAACCCACAGCUCAGCCAUCAGCCCAGACCACUACGACCCCUCUCCCUACGGGCUCUACUCCAUCUCCCCGGGGCAGCGGGCGCGGAGGCCCAAACUGCAGCACUCCACGUCCAUCCUGCGCAAACAGGCGGAGGAAGAGGCCAUCAAAAGGUCACGGUCGCUUUCUGAGAGCUAUGAACUCUCCUCGGACCUCCAAGAUAAGCAGGUGGAGAUGCUAGAACGGAAGUAUGGGGGCCGUCUCAUAACCAGACAUGCUGCUCGCACCAUCCAAACCGCCUUUCGCCAGUAUCAGAUGAACAAGAACUUUGAGCGCCUCCGCAGUUCUAUGUCCGAAAAUCGCAUGUCGAGGCGCAUCGUCCUGUCCAAUAUGAGAAUGCAGUUUUCCUUUGAAGGGCCUGAGAAAGUCCACAGCUCUUACUUCGAAGGGAAACAAGUUUCUGUUACGAAUGAUGGCUCGAAGCUGGGAUCCCUGGUACCGUCUGAAUGUGAUGACCUCGGAGAAACAACUCCGAUGAAGUCUCCGGCGGCAUCUACUGAUUUUACUGAUGCUAUAACAGAACUGGAGGAUGCCUUUUCCAGGCAGGUGAAAUCCCUGGCGGAAUCCAUUGAUGAUGCACUGAACUGCCGCAGUCUGCACUCUGACGAGAUCCAGGCUGCAGAUCAGGUCAGGAGCCGUGAAAUGGAGAGGGACAGCUGCGCUCCAGCCAAACCAGCAAUCCACAACGUGGAUCCCAGGAAGCUUGACGAGAUGACGGCGUCGUACAGCGACGUCACGUUGUACAUCGACGAGGAGGAGUUGUCUCCACCCCUUCCCCUCUCCCAGUCUGUGGACAGGCCGUCCAGCACAGAGUCGGAUCUGAGGCUCCGCUCCGUGAACUCUUCCCAGGAGUACUGGUCCAUGACCCACAAAGACGAUAAGAUAGACACUGAUACGAGCUGCAGGAGUACCCCAUCCCUGGAAUGUCAGGAACAGAGGAUGAGGAUGGAUCACCUGCCCUUGCUGACCAUAGAGCCACCCAGUGACAGCUCCGUGGACUUGAGCGAUCGCUCGGAGAGAGGCUCGUUAAAGAGACAAAAUGCCUACGACCGGGGCAUCACGAGCCAACAGGGGAGCCCAAAACAUAUCCCUCACAGCAUUCCUGCCAAGAUCAUCACCCGGGAGGAGCAGGAGGCGAGACACAGGGCCAGGCCUAUAGACAGUCACUUGGCCAUCAAUGGCACAGCAAACAGGCAGAGCAAAUCGGAGUCGGAUUAUUCCGACGGAGACAACGACAGCAUCAACAGCACUUCCAACUCCAAUGACACGAUAAACUGCAGCUCGGAAUCUUCUUCUAGAGACAGCCUAAGGGAGCAAACCUUGAGCAAACAAACCUACCACAAAGAAACUCGCAACAGCUGGGAUUCCCCUGCCUUCAGUAACGACGUUAUCAGGAAACGCCACUAUCGGAUCGGGCUGAAUCUCUUCAACAAAAAACCUGAGAAAGGAGUCCAGUACCUCAUCGAGCGAGGAUUCGUGCCGGACACCCCCGUGGGCGUCGCGCACUUUCUGCUGCAGAGGAAGGGGCUGAGCAGGCAGAUGAUCGGCGAGUUCCUGGGCAAUCGGCAGAAGCAGUUCAACCGGGAUGUGCUGGACUGUGUGGUGGAUGAGAUGGACUUCUCAGCCAUGGAACUGGAUGAGGCACUCAGGAAAUUUCAGGCUCAUAUCCGUGUCCAGGGAGAAGCCCAGAAGGUGGAACGGCUCAUUGAAGCCUUCAGCCAGAGAUACUGUAUCUGCAACCCGGUGGUGAGACAAUUCCGGAAUCCCGACACCAUCUUCAUCCUGGCCUUCGCCAUCAUCCUGCUCAACACAGACAUGUACAGCCCAAAUGUGAAACCAGAGCGAAAAAUGAAGCUGGAGGACUUUGUCAAGAACCUGAGGGGUGUGGACGAUGGGGAGGACAUCCCCCGGGAGAUGCUCAUCGGCAUUUACGAGCGCAUCCGCAAGCGGGAGCUGAAAACCAACGAGGAUCACGUGUCCCAGGUGCAGAAGGUGGAAAAGCUCAUCGUGGGGAAGAAACCGAUUGGAUCUCUGCACCAUGGACUUGGUUGUGUGCUCUCCCUACCCCACCGGAGGCUUGUUUGCUACUGUAGGCUCUUUGAAGUCCCAGAUCCCAAUAAACCUCAGAAGCUUGGAUUGCACCAGCGAGAAAUAUUUUUAUUUAAUGAUCUUCUUGUGGUGACCAAGAUUUUUCAGAAGAAGAAGAACUCUGUUACAUACAGUUUUCGACAGUCCUUUUCCCUCUAUGGAAUGCAAGUCCUUCUCUUUGAGAACCAGUAUUAUCCCAAUGGUAUCCGGCUCACGUCAGCUGUGCCAGGAGCUGAUAUCAAAGUGCUCAUCAACUUCAAUGCACCAAAUCCUCAGGACAGGAAGAAGUUUACAGAUGAUUUGAGGGAGUCCAUUGCAGAAGUUCAAGAAAUGGAAAAGCACAGAAUAGAGUCCGAGCUGGAGAAGCAGAAGGGGGUGGUGCGGCCCAGCAUGUCCCAGUGCUCCAGCCUGAAGAAGGACUCUGGGAACGGGACCCUGAGCAGGGCCUGCCUGGAUGACAGCUACGCCACCGGGGAGGGGCUGAAGCGGAGCGCGCUGAGCAGCUCGCUCAGAGACCUGUCCGAAGCAGGCAAGCGUGGGCGCCGCAGCAGUGCAGGAUCGCUAGACAGCAAUAUGGAAGGGUCCAUCAUUAGCAGUCCUCACAUGCGCCGAAGAGCUACAUCAACCCGAGAGUGUCCAUCUCGCCCUCACCAGACUAUGCCCAACUCCUCCUCACUCCUAGGGUCCUUAUUUGGUAGUAAAAGGGGGAAGCCACCUUCCCAAGGCCAUCCACCAUCCGGCUCAUCACAGCAACCUGCGCACCCCGCAGCAGUCCCGCACCAGCACCACGCCCCGCACCCCGCGGGCCCCGAGGGGCAGCCCCCGGUGCACUCCCACCACUCCCAGUACUGCCACCUGCAGCAGAACCCGCCGCCCUACCACCACCACCACCACUACCACCCUCCCCAGCACCUCCCGCACCCGCACCAGUACCACCAGCACGUGCCCCACGCCCACGGGCAGCACCCCCCGUACCUGCAGCACCCCCACGCCCAGCACAGCCACCCGCCCCACCCGCCGCCACACCCCGGCCACGCUGCCCACCCACAGCACCCACAGCACCCACAGCACCACCACGGGCCGCCACCGCCUCCCUCCACCUCCGCCAGCACCAAGCCCAAACACAGCGGCAUCAGCACAAUAGUCUAGGACAGAGACCCUCCACUAACUAGAGUUUUAAACUGAGCUACAGAGGCACUCACAGGAGCGACAGAUAACAUUGUCAGUUUUUACCUAGACACUUGGAUUGAGCCGGGUGAGCUGCCAGGCUUGCUGUUACUAAAUAAAAUAACGCCAGUUACUGGCUUUACUUAUCUACUGGAUAGAUGUCCACCAUCUGGUUAGUUCUUAUUUCCAAACUGCCUUGAAAAACAUGCUGCUUGCUGAAUCUGACUGAAGCUACCUUUUACACCAAAUCCCUUGACGAUUUUACACGCGUAACGAAACGUUAGUCUAGGAAAAAAAAAAAAGGAAAAAAAAAAGUGAGACAGAACCAAGUGUUGCAUUCUUGCUCUUUUAUUCUCAAUGGGCAAAAAAAAUAAGUAGACCUGAUAUGGUUGAUGAAAGUACGUAAGUAAACUUUAUAUAAUAUAAAUAUAUACAUAUAAAUAUAUAUAUAUAUAUACACUGUAUAGUUAACAUUUGUGCUUGGAAAGGAAUUUUUUCAGUCCACAAAACUAGCAAUAUAGACUUUACAAGGAAUUCCACUUACUUGAUAGGACAGUAUAGUAGAUGAAUAGCAUAUGAAAGAGUAGACCAAAACAUUAAACGUUAGAAACAAAUUUCAGACAUUUCAGUAUUUUCAUUGCGAGUCCUCUGGACUCGCUGGGAUUUCUAAGCAAUCAUUACUAAAUGUGCCAAGUAACAUAGCAUUUAACUGUCGUAGUCAAUACUGCUUUGUAUAAAUCCUUAUUUUAUUAACACGAUGAUAUCAUACGUAAUCAGUAUUAAAACUGCUCUGCUAUUUCAGGUAAGCAAGCUCGUUAAGAUGCAGUAAUUAUUCCGUAGCAAUGUAGGGGGGCCGCUCCCCAGUGGUCACCCUCAAGCAUUGGUCACACAAGUUCUUAGACACUUUAAAGGCUGUGAUAACUGUGAAUUUACAUGAUCCACAUUUCUUUUGUAUGCGGAUGGAUUUAAGGAACACCCGGGAAGAGUUACGACAGGUGCAUGUACACACUGCAAAAACAUUCAUCUCAGACAUGAAAACGGCCAACUUCCAUCCUCCUCAGCUACUUUGUUUCCUGUUUACCAUAAUUUCUCAUUUUUACCCCCCAGUGAAGCUGAAUUCUAGUCAAGAGCGUUUCCUGGUGGAAAUGCUCUAAAAACUUGAAGGUUUGUUUUAGAAUUUAGUAUAGGGUUUUUAUAUAUAUAUAUAUUAAAAAUAAAAAAUAAAAAUAAAAAUCUGUAAUUCCAUGUAGCCAUGUGCUAGCAACAAAGUGGCUUUCCCAUUUUUACUCAUCACAUUUUGUUAGUUUGAAGCACCCAGCACUCAGCAGGCUGAGUUUACGCUCAAACCCUCACUUCCAUAGUCCAGUUAGUUGCGAGACAUCACAUAAAAAUAGGCUGUGCUGUUGUUGCUUAUGUGUUGUAACUGAACCAUUUGCAAAUUUAUAUACAGUUUUUAUCCCGAGGUCCUGUACAAAGUUAUACAUGGCGCCUACUUUGUAGUUUCAGCACUUUGAGCCACUGCAAGGACUUUACACCUAAAACAGUAGAGACAGAGAAUCACAACUGCAAAACUGUACCAGCCUAAAAGCAAACCUUGAAGAGGAUGAGCAAAAAAGUUCCAGUAAGAGAUGGGUAAAAUAAUCGUAAUAACAACCAGUCCUAUUGAACAGUAACAGGAUUGUCAGCAGUGAUGAGGACAUGAGAACAACAAAGUGACUUUCCAUGUUGGCUUGCUCAUGGCAUCUCUGGCAUGGGGGGAGGGGGGAGAGGUUCAGUCUUUUUUUUUUUCUCUUUCAUACCAUUGAUACCACAAUACCAGCAGAACUGCAAACUGAGCACUUUGUUAACUCCACAGAGAGCAAAUACAGCAAUCUAGAGUUGAGCCUUUUGUUUCGAGCUGUCCACGUUUGUUUCGCACACGUGCAAUAUUGUUUUCCCCUUCCGCUCCUUCUCCUCGGAAUUGUCUUCAUGAAAAGCAAACCAAGUUAUUCUUUUUCUGUAUCACUCGUUCUGUUCUAAAUUCUGCGGCUUCUGGGUCCCCCCGAGGCUCUGUUCCUUGCAGUUUAAAAAAAAUAUAUACUGUUCUUAUAAGGGAAAGUAGAACUGUCUGCAUGUCAUCUAAUGUUAUUAGUGUGAGGCUACACUCUACAUAUUGUGUAUUUGCAAAAUAUAUCAGUGUUACUGUUGAUAUUAGUUGAAGUAAAGUGAUAACAUAUUUCAAUAUGUAGACUUUUCUUCAUACAUCUGUACCAAUAGUAGAGUCUAACUGUAAUUUAUAGGUUGUUCCAGAAAAGAUAAAAGAACCAUUCAGGUACAAACAUCUUUCAGAAAACUGCAUCUUUUAAUUAAAACAGAGGUAAGAAUGCUCCUCUUCACUGAGUGAUGGAGUCUGGACGUGUUUCAGAUGCAGAGGCGUAAUGUGAGUAAGAUAGUCUGUGUGUGGAAUAAAGGCAGAAUAUGCAGUAGCAGUGGAGAGGAAAAUCUGACUCCAGCUGUGUUGAUUAACACUGCAGAUGUUAAAUCACCCAGAUCUGCGUUUGCUUUAUGUUUAAAGACCCCUUUCAUUCAUAUAAAUUAGAGUUACGUAGAAACAUUCUGUACUUAAACAGUGAGCCCCAUUUUACCGCUCGACCACUGAUUUUCCAUGUGCAAUCAACGUGUUUGUGAAUCAGAGAAUCAGAAUAUUCUGGAGAUGUCACAUGCAGAGGAACAUUCCCCUGUGGUUUCGUGUGCACGUGGGGAAGGAGUCUGUGCCUGCCCUGGGCUGUGUUCAGCCUCACGGGUGCAAUCAGCAGUAAAAACCAGAGCUGGUCCCACGGGAGCUCUGCAUUUGUACCCCCUGUUCUUGAGCCAAGGAGGACAAACAGUGGGCUUGACUUAUGUGUUUCCAGUUUUGUUCUGGUUUGUUUUUUUAGACUUCUAUGUUUAUGUGUACUCUACCGAACAAAGUGUCUUGGUGUCAGCAUAAGUCUUAAGAACUUUGCUGCUUGUUUAGGGUUGCAGUGAAACCUCUCUGAUCCAUCCUCGAUUAGAGCAGUGUGGGUCAUGCCUAGCACAGGAAAAUUAUAGUACUUAAACACUGCGUGGGGUUAAGAAAAUCAAUUUUUCAGCCUGCAGGCAGGAGUAGAAUUGAGAGGGUUUUUUUCUCAGAUGCCAAUUAAAAACUGGUACAGAACUGCAUUGAGUGACCGUGGCUGCCUCUUCCCAAAAAAAUGUGGCAAAGUAGUAAUGCUGAUUUGAAACAAUGCAAGGGAAACGUUAAGAAUGAAGGUGUGGCAGCAAAAAAUCUUUUCUGGGACAACAAUCAAAUAUAUAUUUGGGGGUUUUAUUUUUUUAAGUUAAGAAUGAAAUGUAAAACAAUGUAAAAACAAAAAAAAAAACAAAGCUCAUCCUAAUAUAAUGUGCGUCUUGUAUUGCUGAAAAAAAAAAGAGUCUAACAUACAGUGUAGAAUGAUUUCCCAUCAUGUACUGCAUGCAGCAGAAGCCUCUUGUUUCUUGAUAAAACGAGCUGAGAGACAGUCAGCAGAUAUUUAAACACUGAAUCUCUAGAUGUUGACUUGCUGUUCCACAUGAAGCUGUGUGUUUUCUGCAGUUAAGCAUGCAUUUUGCUGUUCCCUUGUAAAAUACCAUCGCACUUCUUGCCUGCAAAAUGGAUUCUUGUGUAUAUAUUUAAAAGAAAAGUGGAACCAAUAACAAGAUUCAGUUUGGAAAAGAGAGAAGGGGGUGUGCUGAAAAUGGGACCAGUAGGGGGAAUAGAGAAUUCUCUAAAUUGUACAUAGUGUGUAAAUUAGCAUUACUCUAAGUCUGCAGUCACUUUGAGGUUGCCUAUCUCCUGCUAGGAACUUAAAUCAGCUUUGAGUUGUACUAAACUGUUAGAAUUAGGUCUUGAAUGCAGACUGUUAAAGACUUCAAAAACAUUAUGCUUACAAGAAGCUUCUGUUCUGGGGAGGCUUGAGACCCCUUUUGUAACUCUGGGGAAGAAAGGAGUGCUUUCAUUUUAAUAUGCAUUCUGUUUGUAAGUAGUAACAGACCCUAUUGAUGUAAAACUAUAACUGUGAUCAUGUGGAGAAAUCAAAUAAAUCAUUUAAAACUC